CGUUGGUGCUAAGUUUGAAAAUUGUGUAAAGUUGAAUUUUCUCAGUUCAGCGCAGGGCUAAUGUGAGAAAAUUUUCGAAUGUUUACAACUUCGGAAAAUUUCUAAUUAAUUCUAUUGUCGUAAAAUCGUGUCGAUACUACUCAAAUAUUACUAAAAUGCCAUCUGCCGUAGUUGUUUUACCAGCUGGAGCGGAAGAGAUGGAAUUUGUAGCUUCUGUCGAUGUUUUAAGACGAGCCGGGGUUACUGUGACCGUAGGUGGUUUAGAUGGAACUGAUCCAGUCAAAUGUUCUAGAGACGUUGUCAUUGUUCCAGAUGUCGCAUUGUCUUCAAUUGACAAAGAUUCUUUUGAUGUUAUUGUUCUUCCUGGAGGUCUUGGUGGAGCAAAGGCAAUGGCAGCUUCAAGUUUAAUUGGUGAUUUAUUGAGAAAUCAAGAAAAAAAUGGAAAACUCAUCGCAGCCAUUUGUGCUUCACCGGCAAUGGUCUUGAAAGCUCACGAAAUUGGAGUAGGCAAAAAAAUUACUUGCUAUCCAUCAUUCAAGGACCAGCUGGAUGAUAAAUUUACUUUUGUUGACGAGAUUGUUGUUCAGGAUGGAAAGCUCAUAACAAGUCAAGGUCCUGCCACAGCUUUUGCAUUUGGCGUGAAGAUUGCUGAAAAUUUAGUCGGAGCUGAAAAAGCAAAUCAAGUUGCUAAUGGAAUUUUAUUGAAAUAAAUUAAUUAAAUAAACAUUGUCUUACAGUUUCUCUCAGA